AUGCGUCGUCUUUCUGCGAUCGAUAACGGUUGCUUAAGGAGGAUCGCGCGUGUUUGGCGGCAACAUCGAGUUAAUGGUAAUGACGUUCGAGGUCGCAUCUUGGGGAAUGCGAGUAUUCCCUUCAACAAACUGGUUUUGUUGCGCCAAUUGAGAUGGCUCGGUCACGUCCAACGCAUGGCACCUGAGCGUCUACCGUGUCGCGCUCUAUUCGCUCGUCAAGGACCUGGCUGGAGGCGACCGCGUAGUGGUCAGCCUUCCACUUGCCGGCAGCACAUGAAAUCGCUGACGUCGUGUCUAUCCGCUGUAGGAUCCGUACGUCUUCCAGGAUGGGGACCCAAAGAUGAGGAGUGCCAACGGCUUUGCACUCUUGAAGAUAUGGCCCGCAACCGAAAUCAGUGGAAGAAUUUUGUACAUUAUUGUAUUGAUUCACUU